AUCCAUUACAUAUGAAAAAGAACAUACCAUUUACAAUGCUCUUUCGAGCAAUUAAGUAUUGUUCUACAUUUCAAACAUAUUUGGAUGAACGCGAGAAAUUAAGAAUGGCCUUAUUACUUAAUAGAUACCCGAAUAAAAUUAUUGAACAACAGUUUAAUAAUGUUCUAUUAAGAUUCAAUAUUGAUCAGCCAUUGACUACUAUUAAUUAUGAUAAAUAUCGACAGAAUGUGUUAGAUUCACCUUAUAUAAAACCUAUAGGAAUUGAUUAUGAUAAAGUUAUGUUUAUUCAUUUUACUUAUUGUUCAAGUAUGAAAGGAUUUCCUUUGAAAUUCCAUACAAUAUGGAAUAAAUAUUUUGGUGAAUCUCCGAUUAAUGAAAUUCGACCCAUACUUGGUACCCGUAAUCUAAAAGAAAAACGACAAGAAUUAGCUAAUAAACUUUUAGCAAUAUUUAAUCAGAUGUUUUUCUUCCCAACUUCAAGAUGUUUUUCUUCCCAACUACCAGAUAAAAUCAGUGUAAUAUGGAGUGGUCGUUUAAUAGCUACGGCUGGCCAUUGUACCACUCGACGAACAACACGUACCGCUGUAAUUACACUUUCACAUAAAGUUAGCGAUUCACUUGAAUAUUGCGGUGAUACUCUUUUACAUGAAAUGUGUCAUGCAGCUGUGGUUUUAACUGAUGGUGUUAUGGAACAUGGUCAAUGCUAA